AUGCCGUUACACUAUAUCAUCAGCCAAAAGAACCGUAAACAACUUAUGGUGAAAGGAUACAUCUAUAAUUUUGAACGUGCUAGUGCUGAGAAAAGUAUUUGGAAAUGUGUAGAGUAUUUUACUUGUAAGUGCAAAGGGCGAAUUCACACUCAAGAUGAUAAUAUCAUUCUUGAAAAAUCUCACGGGCAUCCUCCAAAUGCUGGCAAAAUUACAGCGAAAGAGAUUAUGAGUUCAAUUAAAGAGCGUGCGGUAACAACGCAAGAAUCGACACAUUCUUUAGCAGCAGUUGGUACAAUUGGUCUUCCUUGUGCUGUUUCGGGGCAUAUACCACCAGUGGAAAAUAUUAAAAAAAUUAUCAGAUAUGCUCGACACGGAGAAAUGCCAUUGCAUAAUCCUAGAUGUCUUGAAGAAUUAGUAAUCCCAGAACAGUUUUCAAAAACACUAAAAGAAGAGAAAUUUUUGCUGUAUGACAGUGGAGUGCAGACAGACAGAAUUCUAAUUUUUUCGACCCUCAGAAAUCUGGACUUCAUGGCUGAAUGUCCGAACUGGUUUGCUGAUGGAACUUUUAAAGCAACACCACCGCUUUUCAGUCAGAUUUAUACAAUCCAUGGUGUUAAAUAUGAUAAUGUGAUACCUUCAGUGUAUGUAUUAAUGCCAAACAAACGCGAAGAAACAUACAAUAGAGUGUUUACGGUGAUAAAAUCUUUGAAACCGAAUCUGCAGCCCAAAACUGUAAUGACUGAUUUUGAAAAGGCUGCCAUAAAUGCCUUUAAAAAUUCCUUUCCGAAUAUCAUUCAGAGAGGAUGUUUUUUUCAUUUAAGUCAGUGUGUGUAUAGAAAGAUUCAGUCUGCAGGUUUGCAAAGUAAAUAUGAAACUGAUCCGAAUUUCGUUUUGGAAAUCUCUCAACUUGCAGCUUUGGCUUUCGUUCCUACUUCAGAUGUCAUUGAACCAAUCAUAAAUUAUUUUGAAGACACAUGGAUUGGUAGAUUUACUCGUCGUGGACAACGUCGCAGACCAGUGUUUGACAUCUCUCUUUGGAACUGUUAUGAUGCUGUAAAAGAUAAAGUUCCAAGGACAAAUAAUGCGGUUGAAGGAUGGCAUCGCAGAUUCAACGAACUUAUGAACGGAUGCCAUCCAACAAUCUGGAAAUUUAUUGAUUGCUUAAAAAAGGAACAAAAUUUAAAUUCUAUAAAAAUUGAACAAUACAUUGCAGGUCACCAUCCACCAGUAAGUAGAAAAGUUUACAGAGAUACAUCUCUCAGAAUUCAAAAGAUUGUAAAUGAUUAUAAUGAUCGGCCUAUUUUAGACUAUUUAAGGGGAAUAGCCUACAAUUUUCAACUGCAGGUGUAA